GUCAGUUCCGUGUGUGCGUUUUUACUCACUGAUAUGGCAUGCAAUUAGACAGCUCUGGACUAUUGGAUCUCCACCAUACUUCAUUUUUGAAUUCAUCUAAUAGGAUACUCUUGUGGUAAUAUACGUUGAACCUUUGCAGCUGGAAUCGCGUUUUUUUAAGCAUUACUGACAAUGGAUGCCAAAUCAGCAACUGGAGUUCUGCAUCCCUAUUGGCCACGGGACCUUUUGAUUCCCACGUAUGUGGCCAAUGACCGAUCCAUGUCAGAGAUUCUGGUGUUCCUGUUUUCUGUGUCUGGGCUCUUUCUGCUUGUGACCUGGCUGAUCACCGGUCAGAAAGGGAAAACUGGCAGGCUGGGGACAUGGAGGCGUCUGGCUGUGUGCUGGUUUGCUGUCUGUGGUUUCAUCCAUGGCGUCAUAGAGGGAUGGUUCUCACUGUAUUAUGAUAUUAUUCCAGCAGACCAGAGCUUCCUGUCACAGCUGUGGAAAGAGUACUCCAAAGGGGACAGUCGAUAUGUGAUAGCGGAUAACUUCACUGUCUGCAUGGAGACUGUGACUGCAUGGUUAUGGGGACCUUUCAGCUUCUGGGCUGUGUUUGCCUUCCUAACCAACAAGCCCUACAGAUUUGUUCUGCAACUCAUUAUUUCACUAGGUCAGCUGUAUGGAGCAGUGCUUUACUUCUACACAGAGCACCGAGAUGGUUAUUCUCAUAGUGAGUUGGGGCAUCCAAUUUACUUCUGGUUUUACUUUGUGUUCAUGAACGUGCUAUGGAUCAUCAUACCGCUAGUGCUCAUUGUGGAUGCCUGGAGACAGUUGUCCGCUGCACAGGCACAGACUGACAACAAAAAGUCUAAGAGGAACUGACAACAGGAAAAUCUGACUGUGGUUCUUUCUACGAGACAAUUUCUACAGGAGGGACAAGAGAAAAGACAACCGGGAAGGGCAUACACUUUGUGCUGUGAAAAUCAAUACAUUCAAUGGGACAAAAUAAAUGAUUGUUUGGAUUCUGACAGAACUAGAGCUGAAACUACCGAUUAUGUUCAUUAUCUACUAAUGUGCAGAUUAUUUUUCUAGAUUAAUUGAUUAUUUUUUUGUCUAUAAACUUGAAAAAAUUGAACAAAAAAUGUUCAUCCUAUUUUCUCAAAGCCCAAUAUUAUUAUAUUCAAGGUCUUUUGUCUUGUCCAAAACCCAAAGAUAUUGAGUUUAAUGUUGUUUUUUUGUAAAAGAAGAGAAAAGCAUAUUUGAUAUGCUGACAAAAGUCAUUUCUGCCAUUCUGCAUGAAAACUACUUUAACAAUGGAUUGUUAUCAAAGCAGUUGCAGAUUAUCUUUCUGUUGAAGAGGCAUGCAUCUUUAGGCAUAUCUCAUGUAUGGUUUGUCAUAUUGCACCUGUCAUCGAAUAACUUAAUUGAGUAUGAGUAUGUUCUCUUAUGCAUACAGCAAUACAUUUACUUUUUUUCAGCUUUGUGGGACUUUUGGGAGAGUAGCAAAAUAAAUAUUCAAUUUUUUAAUAA